AGCUAGGAAAGAGCUACAAAGCUGUGUGGGCUUUUUUUUUCCCCCCUUUUCUGCUCCUUUUCAUUAUCCCCCUCCUCCGCCUGCGCCCUUCUCCGGACUUCACGCAGAACCUGAGAAUUCCGAAGAGGUGGUAGCAGAGUGGCAGAAAAGAGGUGUUAGAGUCUGGGUUUGGUGUGGUUUGGCUUUUUUUUUUUCCCCCCUUGAUUUCAACCUUUUUUCAGCACCUUCUCGGCUGCCACCAACGCCUCUUACCUGUUCCGCCGCGGCCGCGCGUGGCUGGCGGCUAGGGGCUAGAGAAGAGCGAGGUGCCUUUUAGAUUUUAAGCAAAAAUUAUUGAAGAUAAAUUCAUUUUCUUCCCCCUCACACACCCCCUUUCUCCACCGCCUCUGAGCUCAUUAUUUCUGUUGCUUUGAGGUGAUCGAUUUUGUGGGUAUUUUACCCCCUGCAAUUCUGACCAGAUUCCGCUUGGGGGGUUCCUAGGUCUCGACUCACUCUGUGUGCACCUGGCGCGCCUCGUUUUUUAACGCCCCCCCCCCCAACCUGUUGCAAGUCCUUAAUCCUUGCAACUGGGACUUCAGACACCUGAAUCCUCCUCUCCCCGCAUUUUGCAGCUUUCUGGGGGAGGACACCUGCUCUACCUGCCAGAGAUCUUUUUUUUUUCAAAAGAAACCAUUCUCCAGACGCCCUCUUGAUCCCUUUCUUCACGCACCCUGGCUCUCCUGCCCCGCCCCGAGCUAAAGGCAGACACUGAGAACAUGGUGCUCACCACGGUCCUCCUGCUGCUGGCCGCCUAUGCGGGGCCGGCUCAAGGCUUGGGCUCCUUCGUGCACUGCGAGCCCUGCGACGAGAAAGCUCUCUCCAUGUGUCCCCCCAGCCCCCUGGGCUGCGAGCUGGUCAAGGAGCCCGGCUGCGGCUGCUGCAUGACCUGCGCCCUGGCCGAGGGACAGUCGUGCGGUGUCUACACCGAGCGCUGCGCCCAGGGUCUGCGCUGCCUCCCCCGGCAGGACGAGGAGAAGCCGCUGCACGCCCUCCUGCACGGCCGCGGGGUUUGCCUCAACGAAAAGAGCUACCGCGAGCAAGCCAAGAUCGAAAGAGACUCUCGCGAGCAGGAGGAGCCCACCACCUCCGAGAUGGCCGAGGAGACCUACUCCCCCAAGAUCUUCCGGCCCAAGCACACGCGCAUCUCCGAGCUGAAGGCCGAGGCGGUGAACAAGGACCGCAGGAAGAAGCUGGCCCAGUCCAAGUUCGUGGGGGGCGCGGAGAAUACUGCCCACCCCCGAGUCAUCCCCGCACCUGAGAUGAGACAGGAAUCUGAACAGGGCCCCUGCCGCAGACACAUGGAGGCCUCCCUGCAGGAGCUGAAAGCCAGCCCGCGCAUGGUGCCCCGCGCUGUGUACCUGCCCAACUGUGACCGCAAGGGCUUCUACAAGAGAAAGCAGUGCAAGCCUUCCCGCGGCCGCAAACGUGGCAUCUGCUGGUGUGUGGACAAGUAUGGCAUGAAGCUGCCAGGCAUGGAGUACGUCGACGGGGACUUUCAGUGCCACACCUUCGACAGCAGCAACACUGAGUGAUGCGUCCCCUUCCGCCCGCCCCCUCCCCAUUCCCAGCCCCGACUCCAGCCAGUGCCUCCCUCCACCCCAGGAUGCCACUCCUCUCAUCUCAUUUAAGGGAAAAAAUAUAUAUAUAUUUUUUUUUUUUUGAGGAAACUGAGGACCUCGGAAUCUCUAGCAAGGGCUCGAUUUUGAAAAUGGCAGCGAUAGAGAUGCACAAAGAUAAGUAGAUACCUUAUCCCCUGAAAAUGAUUUUCUGUUUGAGGCAAGUGGAAUGAACCAGGAAGGAAAGGGAGAAAGCAAGAGUGAAGGAAGAGAUGGGAAGAAAGUGUUAGUAUAGAAAAGAAGGAAUGACAGAUAAGGUGACAAAAAAAAAAAAAGAAGAGAGAAAAGUUGAUAGGAAGGAAAGGGCACAGCAAACAGGACUGGCUUGGUCCUCUGCCUCCAGCCUUGGCCUGGGGUCAGAGAGAUGUUGAGACACUCAAAGAUGUGGCCCAAGUUAUGGCAUUCACUGAUCCCCUUGGAGUUUUCCCAGUUUGGACUGGUCAAGGGGCACAAAAAGCAACAACAAAAAUGUGUCUCUCUUGGGUCUGUCCCUUCCUGCGGCCAGCAGUGUGGACAGCUCAAGUCCUGUCCCUCCUCUCCUUCCACAAGUGGAAGGUAGUCUCACCCCCAAAUUUCUAAGGACUAAGAUGCACUCCAUCCCUCUGAAUCGGAAGACAUUCAUGAUUGAAUCAUUGUAGAUAAGCUAUCCCAAACAGAUGAGCAACUGCUAACUGUGCACAAAUUUGACUCCUGAUAGAGAUUUUUAGAAAUCAGCAGACACCCCACAGUGGAAAGACCUGAUCUUCCGGGGACUGAACAUGUGCUAAAACCCGUGGUUUUAGCCCUGGCUCCGCUUUCAUUUCCAGCCAGUACAGCAGCCGAGGCACCUCUUGUGGCGGGGGCCGGGCUGGCCACCUAGAGGGGCCUUGUAUUUAUCGACAAGGCUCUGUGUAGACAUAUAGAGACAUAUAAAUCUUUUUUUUUCUUUUUUUUUUUUUUCCUCUUUUCUUUCAAAGGUUUGUAUGACCUCCUCAAAGUAGUUCCUCUGGAGCACUGAGGAGUUCCUCAUUCUGGGACACCCAGAAAAAUCCUUCUUCAACUAAUCCAACAAAUGACAGCAGCUUUGCCUGCCUCUAGGCAACAUGAGCCACGAAGUCGCUCGUGGUGGGGGCACAGUGUUAGAUCGUGUCACAAUCUCCCACGGGGACUCAAAUGUGCCCACCAAGCCAGGCAGCUGUGGGCAGUGAGUGGUACAGGACCUGCUCAGCCCAGGCCAUCCCAUUUCAACCUCCCACCCCUCCGGCCCCACACCACAUGAGCCCCGCAGGUCCAACUUUGACCAAUGGUCCUGUCCCUAGCCUUUCAUUCUACCUGAAAAGAAAAGAAAAAAAUCUGCAUUUUGCAAACCUCUCUCAGUCUCCAGGCUGGCAGAACAGGAGAGAGACUGUUAAUGAGAGAUGACUAAAGAAGAAGUGGUGGAAGAAAGGUUUCAAUAGAGGAGAACUGUGGGUGGAAUGGAGGGACAGGGGGCUGAAGGAACAGAAAAGUAGCUGUUAAGGGAGAAUGCCCAUAGAACUUUCCUUGGCUUCCCUACUGAUAAGCCCAACAGGGUUCAAGAAGGAGAGAGGAAAAUGAGGAAAUGGACUCUGGGAGAGAAAUGAGCCUAGUCCAGGUCAGAGAGCCUGGAUGGUGAGAGGGGAAAAAAAUUGAGGUUCUAGACUCAAAAGCAAGGUGGAUCAAUAGGCUGGCCAUGUGUUUUAAAAGACGAGAGAUGUGCUCGGCUGCAGCGUCUGCGGCCCCUGUAAGAGCCUGGAGCGGAGGUGCCUUGCAAAGCUUUUCAUCCAUUCUGGUUAGUCCGCACUUCCUCCCUGGGGGAAGCGGGGAGGAAGAUGCAGGAUAACCCCCGCGUGGAUCUUCAAGGGUGCUGUCAUUUGACAGCCAGAUUCUGAGCCAAGAAAGAUACCGUUGCCCAUUGGCUUUUUUCCACCAAGUGUGGCCUCGAGACUGUCCUUGAAGACUGAAGACAGCCCGCCAGGGGAAAGGGCCUGGACUCUGGGAAAGGAGGCCCUUUCUUGCUGUGGACCUGGCUCUCUGCUCUUUCCUGAUAGCCUGACAUGGCGGAGACCCCUCCAAUACCAAACAUGGGGCCAUGAAAAAGGUCAGCAAAGAAGCAAAUACGUUUCCACUCAUGGGAAACUGAUUGCAGCGGAGCAAGCAUGAGGCCCGUCUCCUAGUCCUGGAUGGGACAGUUGGCUGGGGAGGAGAGAGGUGGUCGAUCUUCACAAGACAAAGGGCCUGAUGGGGAUGGCUAUAUGUGGAUUUCCUGGACCUGCCGGGUCAGCGCACCCCAUCUCCCUGCACAACUGUCCCCAGCCCCCGACUCUCACAUCUCUAUGUCUUAGGCAAGGAUCUUCAACCUUCUCCAUGACCCUCUUCCUCCCAUUACUCUUUCUUCGGAUCUUGACUGGGAUCUGCCAAGUGGAUACUGGGGUGCCAUUCCCCCUAAGAAAAGACUGAGCCAGGAACUGCCUACUCCCUACCCCUGCCACGACUAGACCCAAUUCCCGACAGGGGUGCUCUCUUUACACAGUGAUUUGCUGGACCUUGAAUGAACCUUCACGCCCCCCCCCCCCCCCCCCCGUCACAGGCUCUUUGCUGUGGGCCACACGUGGGGGAAUGAUCAGUGAUACUUUGGGCUUCCCAAGUCCAGCCUCCUGACCCAACCUGUGAGUCUCUCUGCUGCCUGCAGGAGAGUAUCCAGGCAGCUGGCUUCUCUCUAGAGGAAGCAGGACCUGCAUAGACAGAUGAAAUUAACUUCCCAAGGGGGCAAGACCACCAAAAGGGAGUCACUGAGCGAAGGGACACAGACCUCCUUUGGGCAAGGGGAGGUAAGGCUGGCUUGCAGUGGUCCAAGCAUGGCCUGAGUGGGGGGGGGGGGCUCCUUGGCUCCUGGCUGGCCUUUGGCCAACUCUCUGCUCCCCUGGCUUGAAGGUUCUCUAUGGCUGCAAAUCUAAGUGACACCUGUCUCCUACCUUCCCACAGAAGGACUCUUCUCUAUCCCUUUGUAACUCCAGCAGUGGAGAAGAUACCUCUCUGCCUCCACUACUGUCAGGUAGCUGAGGGAGGCCUAGCCAGCCCUGACACACCCAGGAAAGGCAGGGCAUCUGGGGAAAAGACUCGAAAGUUUUUCUGACAGCCAGGCCUGGGGACAUCAAUGCCACCCAGGGGGAGAAAGGAGGCCCAGGGGGCUCUCCCUGGUUACCCCUCUUCUCCUUCCUUGCCCUCUUCCCACCAUCACCCGUCUCCAUGGUAACCACCUCUGAGGAAGGUAAGCCUUACCCAGCUCCUUAGAAGACUUGGCUACCAUGGCAACUGCCAAGUGCCCUUAAGGUGAGGCAACAGCCCCUCUAGUUAUCCACUUAGACCCCCAGAGGGCUACCUGUGGAGAACCAAAACCUGAGAGAGGAGUGGGGCCAAAACAGAACUUUCGGGCUUCCGAGAGAAAGGAGGCUAAGUUUUGAAAGAUGGCGGGGCAGGGAACAAGGUUUCACCAACCAGUAGUCUGGGUGUUGUACUGUCUUUAUUUUUAAAACCACUAAAGUGCAAGGAUUAUUUUGCACUGUUUCUUCACCUUCCCCCCCUUUUAGGUAUUUUUUUCUUUUUUUUUUUAAGUAUACUAUCUUGGUUUUCUAAUGGAUAUGUAGUUUAGCUAUCCCACAGACUCUGGCUUCCUCUUUAACUCUUUCUGGAUGGGGUGAGGGAAGGUGGAGGGUCAAGGGGGAGGGGUUCCCAGCCACCUGUGUCUAUUCACCCCACUUCUCUGGGUUUUGGUCACCAGUUUCAGCCCCAUCUCCACCACCACCACCGUCACCACCGUCACCACCACCAUCACCACCACCGUCACACCGUAGCCCAUCACAUGGUUAGCACAGUUUUCAGACAAGAUUCCUUCAGAUUCCGAGUUGCCUACCGGUUGGUUUUGUUCUUGUUUUUGGUUUUUUUUUAGACAGCAAUAACCACAGCACAUAUUACUAUAGCUCUUUAUACAUACAGACAUCAUAGCUCUGUUCUCUCCUCUUUGUUUUCAACUUAAAAAAAAAUAAAUGUUCAUAUUCUCUACUGGUGAAAAGGAUGGAAAAAAUUAAACCAACAAACAAAAAACUAGUUUGUGAAAAACAAGCAAAAGAAAAUGAAAUGGAAAAAAAAACAUCACCCAAAUGUGGAAGAGCUCUGCUCCUGUUUAGCAUUUUGUACUUAAGGAAAUAAAAACAAAGAAACCUGGAUCUUGCAUUUAUUGAAAAAUGAA